AUGGGUAAAGCGUGUCGUGACAUGGCGGAGGCUCUGCGGGACUGCAUGGUGCAGCAAGAGUGCAUGGCCGACGGCACGAAAACGCUCAAGCAGUGUCUGCACGACCGCGCGUACGCACACGAAUGCAGGGAAUACCGUGUAGCUUACUUUGAGUGCAAGCGUGGCCAAAUGGACAUGCGUCAGAGAAUUCACGGCCCGAAAGGAGGCAUGUCCAAGCCUGUGGAGGGCAGCAACUAG